UACUAUGGAAAACAGGAGGGUCAAAAUCUUGCCAACUAUGGCGGUCACUAUCCUCCUUUUUCUCACUUUCAUGUUUACCUCAUCACGAGCUGUUAUUCAUUCAAAAGUCCGUUCAUCCAGCGCUAAAUCCAUUAUUAAGCAGGAAAGAAAGUUGAAAACUUACAUUAUCUUCUUAAAGAAACCAGAAGGCAUGAUGUCCGCAAAACGUGAAGAUGUAGAUAGUUGGUAUCGAUCAUUUUUACCAACAGUUACCACCUCAAGCUCCAACCAACAGCGCUUGGUACAUUCCUACCACAAUGUGGUCACAGGGUUUGCAGCAAAACUUACGGAGCAGGAAGCAAAGGCUAUGGAAAUGAAGGAAGGGGUCGUGUCAGCCCGGCCCCAGAAGAUUUUCCAUGUGAAGACAACUCAUACUCCUAGCUUCUUGGGUUUACAGCAAAAUUUAGGAUUUUGGAACCAUUCCAAUUAUGGAAAGGGAGUGAUAAUUGGGGUCUUAGACACUGGAAUAAAAGCAAGUCACCCUUCAUUUAGUGACGAAGGAAUGCCUCCUCCACCAGCAAAAUGGAAAGGGAAAUGUGAUUUUAAUGCAACUCUAUGCAACAACAAGCUUAUUGGUGCAAGAAGUUUAUAUUUACCUGGUAAACCUCCAGUUGAUGAUAAUGGGCAUGGGACACACACAGCAAGCACAGCUGCUGGAAGUUGGGUCCAAGGCGCGAGCUUUUAUGGUCAGCUCAAUGGAACCGCAGUUGGCAUAGCGCCCUUAGCUCACUUGGCAAUAUAUCGAGUUUGUAAUGGGUUUGGUUCUUGUGCUGACAGCGACAUAUUAGCUGGAAUGGACACUGCAGUGGAGGACGGAGUCGAUGUGCUUUCACUGUCACUUGGUGGUCCAUCAAUUCCAUUCUACGAGGAUUCAAUUGCAAUUGGUGCAUUCGGUGCCAUUCAAAAAGGAGUUUUCGUGAGUUGCGCUGCUGGGAAUUCAGGUCCCUUUAAUCAGACAUUAUCGAACGAGGCCCCAUGGAUCCUAACUGUAGGUGCUGGUACUGUUGACAGAAACAUAAGAGCAAAGGUGUUGCUUGGAAAUAAUGCUUCAUAUGAUGGGCAAUCGUUUUACCAGCCAACAAAUUUUUCAUCGACGUUGUUGCCACUUAUUUAUGCUGGUGCUAAUGGUAAUGAUUCAGCAUUCUGUGAUCCAGGGUCCUUGAAAGAUGUUGAUGUCAAGGGAAAGGUUGUGUUAUGUGAGAGUCGUGGGUUUUCAGGAGCUGUUGAUAAAGCCCAAGAAGUGAAGUAUGCUGGUGGUGCUGCAAUGAUUCUCAUGAAUGCUGAGUCUUUUGGCAACAUUACCACAGCCGAUUUACAUGUACUACCCGCAUCAGAUGUUACUUAUGCAGACGGCUUGAGUAUCAAAGCCUAUAUAAACUCAACAUCAUCACCAAUGGCCACAAUACUUUUUGAAGGAACUGUUUUUGGGGUUCCAUAUGCUCCCCAGCUUGCUUAUUUUUCCUCAAGAGGCCCAAGUUUGGCAAGUCCUGGGAUCUUGAAGCCAGACAUCAUAGGCCCCGGCGUUGACAUUCUAGCUGCAUGGCCAUAUGCUGUGGACAACAACGGGAAUACAAAAUCCGCAUUUAAUAUGAUUUCAGGCACCUCAAUGGCUACUCCUCAUCUUACUGGCAUUGCAGCAUUGCUUAAAAGCUCGCACCCUGACUGGUCACCUGCUGCCAUAAAAUCUGCAAUGAUGACUACAGCUAAUCUAACAAAUCUUGGAGGCACGCCUAUUACUGAUGAUACCUUCGAUCCUGUUAAUGUGUUUUCCAUCGGCUCAGGCCAUGUGAACCCAACGAAAGCAGAUGAUCCGGGCCUCAUUUAUGAUAUCCAACCUGACGACUACAUUCCUUACUUAUGUGGUCUUGGUUACAACGACACGGCUAUAGGAAUCAUCGUGCAGCGCUCCGUGACAUGCCGGAACAGCUCAAGCAUACCUGAAGCACAGCUAAACUAUCCCUCGUUUUCUCUAAACUUGACGUCUAGUCCUCAGACAUACACAAGGACAGUAACAAAUGUUGGCCCUUUUAACUCAUCUUACAACGCUGAGAUCAUUGCACCACAAGGUGUUGAUGUUAAAGUAACACCCGGUGUGAUUCAAUUCAGCGAGGGGAGUCCGAAAGCAACGUAUUCAGUGACAUUUACGCGAACAGCCAACACGAAUUUGCCAUUUUCUCAGGGAUAUCUGAAUUGGGUUUCUGCUGAUCACGUUGUUAGAAGCCCAAUUGCUGUUCUUUUUGCAUAAGAAAGUUUUUAGGUCUGAUGUUCUUAAUUAUAACUUGUGUGCUGUUGUAAGUCAUUAAAGCAUACAUCACUUUGAAUAAAUUGAAACCAGUAACCAACUCGUUUGAUUU